GCAACUUCCUGCUUCCGAGGCUAUAUAAGCGCCGCUUCCGGCGCCCGGCUGAUUGGUGCCGAGGCUGCAGCGGUGUUGGCGGCGGCUUUUCCCGGAGGGCCCGUGAUGUGCGUCCCAGGAUUGAGCCUGAAGAAAUCCUCCGCCUUCCUCAAAGCGUUGAAAGGGGAGCCUCACUAUGUCUUGGCCCAAAAUGUGGCUACUUCAACGGACUUCCUGGACGGAAGCCUUAACCGGGAAGUUGUCCAAAACACCCUGCAGGUCUUCCAGCACGCCGUACCGGCCGAAGGGAAACCGAUCACCAACCAAAAGAAUUCAGGACGCUGCUGGAUCUUCUCCUGCCUGAACGUGAUGCGUCUGCCCUUCAUGAAGAAGCUCAACAUUGAGGAAUUCGAAUUCAGCCAGUCCUACCUCUUCUUCUGGGACAAGGUCGAGCGCUGCUACUACUUCCUCCACGCUUUCAUCGAGACUGCCCACGAGCCCAUCGACGGACGGCUGGUCCAGUUCCUGCUCACCAACCCCUCCAACGAUGGCGGCCAGUGGGACAUGCUGGUGAACAUCAUUGGUAAGGAAAGCCAGAGCCUUGGAUCUUUUGAGGGGGG